AUGUUUUUCUCCUUAUCUGUAUUCUGCAUUCUGCGGUGGGCUUGCUUGACUGGUGGAGCUCUCAUGAUGUUCUAUACUAAUGAGGUCUUUAUUUUUAACCAUGGCCGCGAAAAUGCGAGUAAGCUUAUGGGAUCAACACCCCAUGAUCAGCUGUUAAUCCAUACCUCUGAUUUGUUUUCCGGGCUGCUCUUGUUUGCUAUUGGGUUUCUAUUGUUCAUGGUGUCAUUUGUAAAGGACAGAGAUUUUCAAUGCUUCUUUGUUAAGGGUUGUGUGCUUCUUCAUGUUGCCGUGGCAAUUUGGAGGAUUCACUUUGAGAGAAAGGUUGAAGAUCUUGGCCGUGAUUGGCUGAGGCUGGUUGUUGGGGACAUUGCCUUGGGACUUUCAUGGGUGGUCUUUCUUGUGUACUCUUGGAGGGAGAAGUAUGAUUAG